UGCACUCUGUGGACCAAUCACAGCAGAGCAUACGGCAGCGAGGGACAACAGUUUAGGGGGUGAUGGCGCCCAGCUCGAAAUCCGAAAAGGACGACAGCAAACAGAAGGCUCAAAGAAAACGCAAAGAUCAUGUCGUGAAGCUUCUAAUGCGGGGCAAGCUUUCAGGGCAGUUUUCUCAGCGGCUGUUCAGAAAGCUGCCACCUCGAGUAUGUGUCCCUCUGAAAAACAUAGUCAGCGAGGAGUUCCUGAGAGCAGGACAUAUCUUUCUUGGUUUCACAAAAUGUGGCCGCUACGUGCUGUCCUACACAAGCGACUGUGGAGAAGAUGAUGACUUUUCUUUCUAUACCUACCAUCUGUACUGGUGGGAGUUCAACCUUCACAGUCGACUCAAACAGGUCCAUCAUGUACGUCUGUUUGCUGGAGAAGAAAUCUACAGUGACCUGUACUUGACUGUGUGUGAGUGGCCUAAUGACCACUCUAAAAUAGUCAUCUUUGGCUUCAAUACACGCAGUUCAAGCUCUGUUCUGAUGAACCUAAUGAUGAGUGAUGAGAACAACAGAGACAUCUACAUCACCAUCGCCUCCAUGCCUCCUCCUAAACCUUGUUCCCACUGCUGCCCUGUUCCAACAGCCUCAACCAUACGCACAGGAAGUGGUGAGUGUCUGGAGCAUGGCUAUGUUCUCAACAGCAGGUACCAGGUGGUGUAUCCGUUUCCCACGUUCCAGCCUGCUUUCCAGCUGAAGAAAGACCAGGUCAUUCUGUUGAACACAAGCUAUUCUCUAGUGGCCUGUGGGAUCUCUCUCUGCCCAGGUAAAAAGGGUCAGUCAUCACAGAUCCUCUACACAAAGAAGGCAGCUUUUUCAAAUCAAACCGCUGCAUCUUUACCCACCACUUCUUCGGCAUCUUCUUCUUCGCUACCUCAGGGAUGUACAGAAAGCCAAGUGCCAGCUUGCAGACCCACUCCAGUUCCCUCUUCUCCUUGCCAGUCACAAGCAGCCGUGCGAGCCCGAGAGUUUGCUGCUGACCUCUUCAGACGGGCCCAGGGAGGAGGAGGAGGAGGAGGAGGGAAAGAAAGUGAAGGCCAGACAGAAAGGAAAACAGCUGAUGGUGUUGAAAAAGAGGCAGCACAGACAUCCCGAGAUGAGAGUAUAAAUGUAGAUGAGAGGAGGAGAGAGGAGGAGGACCGUAGAGAGAGUAAGGAGGCAGAGAGGAGAACUAGUUUACCUGAAGCAUCAACAUCAAGUGUGAACCACAGUCUGUCGUCUUGCUCUGAACAAGUGAUGUCUCCUGCCUCCUUGUGUUUGUCACCAUCAUCACCUCCCACUCCUUCAUCCCAGGAGGCUUCCUCUAGUGAGCCUGGUUAUGUCAACUAUUCACGCCUUCACUACCGCCUCCAACAGCCAGGGGCAGCAGAGCAGAAUACAGGAGGUUAUGAAGAUGAUAAAGUUCAGCUACCGUUCACAGUCACUGACCUUAAAGGAAGAAACCUGCAGCUGGUUACAGGGCCGCACAGUGGACAGAGUGUGUGUGUGGAGCAGCUAACUCUGGACUUUGAGUAUCUUAUAAAUGAGGUUAUCAGGAGCGAUGCUUCCUGGGCCCCUCAGUUCUGCUCCUUCAGCGACUAUGAUGUUGUGAUUCUGGAGGUGUGCCCGGAAACCAACACUGUGAUGAUCAACAUCGGUCUGCUGUUACUGGCCUUCUCUAACUCAGACGAGGAGCACUGCAGGCCAAACACGUACCAUUCCAACCUGCAGGUGAGCUGGGACCUGAACUCAGGUGUCUGUUGCACUGUAGGUGUAGGUGAACUUACAGAGGUCAAGGGUCAGACGAGUGGGAGUGUGUGGAGCUCUUACAGGAAGUCUUGUGUGAACACCGUGAUGAAGUGGUUGGUUCCUGAGUGCAGCUCGCGCUACAUUAAUCGCAUGACCAACGAGGCUUUACACAAAGGUUCAUCCCUACAAGUGUUAGCUGACAGUGACCGAUGUACCUGGAUUGUGUUAUGAAUAGGGGCCACAAACACUCAGAGAUGCACCUCAAUAAGACCUCAUCGCCAGUACAGAGCUCAACUUUACUCUGAGCAAAACUGCGCACGUUCAAUGGAUCUAACAUGUAGUUAAAACAUGCGUCUAUUUUAAAGUGAAAAUGAGCGCUCUAGGUUAAAUACUGUAAAGAAUUUUUUAGAUGUCCUGUGUUUUAUUUUACACGUUUCAUAUUUUUGUUAUUAACACCAAAACAAAGAGCUGGACUGAAACAAGAUUUAGCUUUACAUUUUUUUAUACAUUGUGUACUGUUAUUAUAGUGUGGACGUUUGUUGUACUUCUGUUUGUAAAUGAACGUAUGCAUUAUCUGCACCUGUGUGAUUUCCACAAGGGUAUAUUAUCCAGAGAAUAAAUGUGUGUAUGUAUGAGUGUACGCAUGUUUAAUGUGUUUGUUACAUUUGAAACAUUCUGCUGCUUCUGAACAAGUUGUUGCUCUGGACCAGUUUAAAGUAUCUUUGUUCAUUUGUAAUGCUGCAGUAUUUAAAGUAAACAUGUCCAACAUGUUUUUUUUAGUGUGUCAUUGAAGUGGAGGGUUUGGUUCAGCUGGUUAACAUCACACACUGUUGACCAGCAUACACAUAAAACUGUUCCAUUGGACUAUUUUGUCAAAAUAAAAUGUUUAAAAGGUU